AAUAAGCGAAGAAUGGGCGGUGGCUUGGUGGCGAGGGGUGGGCUUUCCGAGCCUCAGUCUAAGUGGCCUCUCCUACUUAGGGGACGUGAGCUUGGGUGCUGUUGUGCUGGUGUCAUGGGACGGGAAGCCGAGAUUCACGGAAGGGCAGCGGCUGGCCCAGUGUCGGUCAAAUGAGUUUAGGGUAAAAGCAGAACUAGACUCUAGGAGCCAUGUCCACCUUGUUUCCCUCACUUUUCCCCCGUGUGACGGAGACACUGUGGUUUAACCUGGAUCGACCCUGUGUGGAGGAGACAGAGCUACAGCAGCAAGAACAACAGCAUCAGGCCUGGCUCCAGAGCAUCGCAGAGAAAGACAACAACUUGGUACCUAUUGGCAAGCCGGCCUCAGAGCACUAUGAUGACGAGGAAGAGGAAGAUGAAGAUGAUGACGAAGAUAGUGAAGAGGACUCAGAGGAUGAUGAGGACAUGCAGGACAUGGAUGAGAUGAAUGACUACAAUGAGUCGCCUGAUGAUGGAGAGGUCAAUGAGCCUUCUCUCCAGGUGGACAUGGAAGGCAACGAACAGGAUCAGGACCAGUGGAUGAUCUAGGUAGACAAGGCAGGGUGGCCUCAGGGAAAUUCCAGGCCAGCCCAACUUACCCUACAUCCCCUGCAAAACCAGCUGAUUUCCCCAGUGCCUGAAAGCUCACCCUUGGGUAUCUCUUCAGCUGCUGCCAGGAACUGGUCUCCUUGGCCCCUCCCAGGCCAUCACUUUGCCCUGGAUUCCCCAGGGCCUGAGCCCAACCCACCUUUCUGCCUAGUACUUCACCCUUUGGUUGCCAGGUAUAGUCUCUUUCUAACUCCCUUUAAUAAAGACACAGGACUGAUUCCCCCCAA